AUGAUGGUGAACAGCUCCGGGCGGGCAUCUGGGCAGAAAGCUCACUUGCUGUUGCCUACGCUGAAGGAAAAUGACACGCAUUGCAUCGACUUCCACUAUUACUUAUCCAGCAGAGACCAUUCGAGUCCUGGCUCGCUGAACGUCUACGUGAAGGUGAAUGGAGGACCACAGGGCAAUCCCAUAUGGAAUGUCUCAGGGGUUGUUACAGAAGGAUGGGUGAAAGCAGAACUUGCCAUCAGUACGUUUUGGCCACAUUUUUAUCAGGUGAUAUUUGAAUCUGUCUCUUUGAAAGGACAUCCAGGGUACAUAGCUGUGGAUGAAGUCAGAGUUCUCGCCCAUCCAUGCAGAAAAGCACCUCAUUUCCUACGACUUCAGAACGUGGAGGUUAAUGUGGGACAGAACGCGACAUUCCAGUGCAUUGCUGGGGGGAAGUGGUCACAGCAUGACAAGCUCUGGCUCCAGCAGUGGAAUGGAAGGGACACAGCAUUAAUGGUCACUCGAGUGGUCAACCAUAGACGUUUUUCUGCUACUGUCAGCGUAGCUGACACCUCUCAACGCAGUAUUAGCAAGUACCGAUGUGUCAUUCGUUCAGAUGGUGGAUCUGGAGUUUCGAAUUAUGCGGAGUUAAUAGUAAAAGAACCCCCAACUCCUAUUGCUCCUCCUGAGCUGCUGGCUGUCGGAGCCACGUACCUGUGGAUCAAACCCAAUGCCAACUCCAUCAUUGGUGAUGGGCCCAUCAUAUUGAAAGAGGUGGAGUAUCGGACGACCACUGGGAAUUGGGCAGAAACGCACAUUGUAGACUCUCCUAAUUACAAACUGUGGCAUUUGGAUCCUGAUGUGGAGUACGAGAUCAGAGUGCUGCUCACUCGCCCUGGAGAAGGAGGCACAGGGCCCCCUGGACCGCCACUGACGACAAGAACAAAAUGUGCAGAUCCUGUCCAUGGACCACAAAACGUAGAAGUGGUUGAUAUUCGCUCCCGGCAGCUGACGUUGCAGUGGGAGCCCUUUGGUUAUGCAGUGACCCGCUGCCACAGCUACAAUCUCACAGUCCAGUACCAGUAUGUGUUUAACCAGCAAAAAUUUGAGGCGGAGGAACUCAUCCAAACUUCUUCCCACUACACCUUGCGAGGUCUUCGGCCCUUCAUGACCAUUAGACUGAGGUUAGCCCUCUCUAACCCGGAGGGCAAAAUGGAAAGUGAGGAGUUGGUUGUGCAGACGGAGGAAGAUGUUCCUGGACCUGUUCCCUUGGAAUCCAUCCAGGGAGGACCGUUUGAAGAGAAGAUCUAUGUUCAGUGGAAGCCUCCCAAUGAGACAAAUGGCAUCAUUACACUCUAUGAGAUUACAUACAAGGCCGUUGGGUCUCUGGAUCCCAGUGCUGACCUGUCCAGCCAAAGAGGGAAAGUCUUCAAACUAAGGAAUGAAACGCAUCACCUCUUUGUAGGAUUAUACCCAGGGACUACGUAUUCAUUCACCAUCAAAGCCAGCACAGUCAAGGGCUUUGGGCCACCCAUCACAACACGGAUUGCAACUAAGAUUUCAGCACCAUCGAUGCCGGAAUACGACACGGACUCCCCCCUGAAUGAGACCGACACUACCAUCACCGUUAUGCUGAAGCCCGCUCAGUCCCGGGGAGCACCUGUCAGUGUCUAUCAACUUGUUGUCAAGGAGGAGAAGCUGCAGAAAGCACGGAGAGCUGCAGACAUCAUUGAAUGCUUCUCUGUCCCAGUGAGCUACAAGAACGCUUCCAGUCUUGACUCACCACACUACUUUGCAGCUGAGCUGAAACCCAUCAACCUGCCGGCCACGCAGCCAUUCACAGUGGGCGACAACAAAACCUACAACGGCUACUGGAAUGCUCCGCUUUCUCCCCUGAAAAGCUAUAGCAUAUACUUCCAGGCUCUUAGCAAGGCAAAUGGAGAAACAAAAAUCAACUGUGUCCGGCUGGCAACAAAAGGAGCUUCCACCCAGAAUUCCAAUGCAGUGGAACCAGAAAAACAAGUUGACAGCACGGUGAAAAUGGCUGGAGUUAUAGCUGGUCUUCUGAUGUUUGUUAUUAUUCUCUUGGGAGCAAUGCUUACCAUCAAGAGAAGAAGAAAUGCAUAUUCCUACUCCUAUUACUUGAAGCUAGCCAAGAAGCAGAAGGAGACUCAGACCAGCACGCAGAGGGAGAUGGGUCCCGUGGCUACUUCCGACAAGACCUCUACCAAACUCAGUGCCGUUCACAAUGAAGAAGCUUUUUCUUCCAGCUGCCAAGAUGUUAAUGGAUUCACAUCACCCUCUCCUUGUUCAUUUUCUGUCCAAAGCAAAACCCUUCAGAGCAAAUCUUUGUUGAAUUCCUACUACUCAGUAUCAUCAGACACUGUUCCAUCGACCACGCUGUUAGACAGUAGCCAUGGAGAGAUGACCCAGCCAACCCUGACUAUCCAGACCCACCCGUACCGGAGCUGCGAGCCGGUGGAAAUGUCCUACCCCCGGGGGCAGUUCCAGCCAGCCAUCCGAGUGGCCGACCUGCUGCAGCACAUCACCCAGAUGAAGCGAGGACAGGGCUAUGGAUUUAAAGAGGAGUAUGAGGCACUACCCGAAGGGCAGACCGCAUCCUGGGAUACAGCCAAGGAAGACGAAAACCGCAAUAAGAACAGAUAUGGAAACAUAAUCUCCUAUGAUCAUUCAAGAGUGAGAUUGCAGCUGCUGGAUGGGGACCCUCACUCUGACUACAUAAACGCCAAUUACAUAGAUGGGUACCACCGGCCUCGCCAUUACAUUGCAACUCAAGGGCCAAUGCAAGAAACAGUGAAGGAUUUCUGGAGAAUGAUUUGGCAAGAAAACUCUGCAAGUGUUGUCAUGGUCACCAACUUGGUGGAAGUGGGCAGGGUAAAGUGUGUUCGAUACUGGCCAGAUGACACAGAGGUCUAUGGAGAUAUUAAAGUCACAUUAAUUGAGACAGAACCAUUGGCAGAGUAUGUCAUACGCACAUUUACUGUACAAAAGAAAGGCUACCAUGAGAUCCGAGAGAUUCGGCAGUUCCACUUCACCAGCUGGCCGGACCACGGGGUUCCUUGCUACGCCACAGGCCUCCUGGGCUUCGUUCGUCAGGUGAAGUUUCUCAAUCCCCCGGAAGCAGGACCCAUUGUUGUGCACUGCAGUGCUGGGGCUGGGAGAACAGGCUGCUUUAUUGCCAUCGACAUCAUGCUUGACAUGGCAGAGAACGAAGGCGUGGUGGAUAUAUUUAACUGUGUGCGAGAGCUGCGAUCCCAAAGGGUCAAUUUGGUGCAGACGGAGGAGCAGUAUGUAUUUGUCCAUGAUGCCAUUUUGGAGGCAUGUCUCUGUGGCAACACGGCCAUUCCAGUUUGUGAGUUCAGAUCCAUAUAUUACAACAUCAGCAGACUAGAUCCACAGACCAAUUCCAGCCAGAUAAAAGAUGAGUUUCAGACUCUCAAUAUUGUGACACCACGUGUUCGGCCAGAAGAUUGCAGCAUCGGUCUUUUGCCAAGGAACCAUGACAAGAACCGCUGCAUGGAUGUGUUGCCCUUGGACCGGUGCCUGCCUUUCCUCAUCUCCGUGGAUGGAGAAUCAAGUAACUACAUCAAUGCUGCACUCAUGGAUAGCCACAAGCAACCUGCUGCCUUUAUUGUAACCCAACACCCUUUGCCCAACACCAUAGCAGACUUCUGGAGGCUGGUGUUUGAUUAUAACUGCUCCUCUGUUGUGAUGCUGAAUGAGAUGGAUGCAGCACAGCUCUGCAUGCAGUACUGGCCAGAGAAGACGUCCUGUUGUUAUGGCCCAAUUCAAGUCGAGUUUGUUUCAGCAGACAUUGAUGAAGAUACCAUCAACCGGAUAUUCCGGAUCUGCAACAUGGCCAGGCCCCAGGAUGGGUAUCACAUAGUGCAGCACCUGCAGUACAUUGGCUGGCCAGCAUACAGGGACACCCCUCCUUCCAAACGCUCCCUCCUGAAGGUGGUCAGAAGGUUGGAGAAGUGGCAGGAACAGUAUGAUGGGAGAGACGGACGCACUGUUGUCCACUGCCUGAAUGGUGGGGGACGCAGCGGCACCUUCUGUGCCAUCUGCAGCGUGUGUGAAAUGAUUCAACAGCAAAAUAUCAUUGAUGUGUUCCACAUAGUGAAAACGUUACGGAAUAACAAAUCCAACAUGGUGGAGUCGCUGGAACAGUAUAAAUUUGUAUACGAGGUUGCACUGGAAUACUUGAGUUCCUUUUAGCCCAGUGGAGGGAGGAGAGCCUCUGAAGUGCCAGACCCCAGUCUCUGGCAGCUGCUUCUCCCCUCUCCCACAUUGGAAGGCAGUAACAAGUGUGGGAAGGAAAACCUCUCCUUCCUGGAGCAAGAGACUGAGAUUGCACAGACCUCGCUGGAAGGAGCAGAUGAUGCCUGUGUUUGCUACUGCCUGCUUUCUAUCAGAACAUCUACUGCUUCUUAAAUAACCUACUGUAAAAAUUAGCAAAAUGGGAAACAGGCUGAAAGACUGGACUUUCUAAUCCCCUCUGACUUCUUCUCUCCUCUUUUGGACUGUAUUUUUGCUCUCCUUGCUGCAGAGUGGGGAAAGAAUGAAACGCUUAGAAAAUUCUCUUUUAAAUGUCUUCUUUUUAAUUUAUAAUUUUGUUCUCAAAUCCCAGUCUUUAAUUUCUGAAUUUCAUGCAGCAGUCAUUUGGGAAAAAUGAGAUAGCCAUAGGGGAUAUAUGAAAUAUUUCAUUACGGUUUGUCUACCCUAUCUGUUUCCUUUUAUUUGUUUUUCCAAAUGAAAAGGCCAACACAAAAAA